UGAACAAGUCUUUAAAUAAGUCAUCAAACAGCUAACUUACUUACAAAUACAGAUAAUUUUCACAUUACACCCGCCACUUGGGGAGAUUGAGAAUGAAUAAUAUUUCCAAUCUAACUUUCACCCUGGGUGUCUUGAUCAUAGUAUUAGCCCAAGGGUGUCAGGCUGAACUUUGUGACGAUACCACGGUUAACAUGGAAUGCCCAACCUACAACCGGUGUCCCGACGGGUGGGGUAAAUACUUCUCCGAAGGAUCUGGAGGAUUCAGGAGAUGCACCUGCUAUCGAGGGUUAACAGAUGAGGAAGCCAAAAAGCGUAGCGAAUGCCGCUGCAACUAUUAUAUCACUGGCUGCACCCAUCAACCAUGUUACUCCAGCAUAUGCGAUAGCGAUUGUAGAAGAGCGAUCAGCAGAUGCCCACAAGACAUCAAGAACGAUUUGUGCAGCGGCGAUAGAACUGAUUACACAAGGUGGGAGAAAUUUUGCCCCAAGCCGACAACCCCGUUUGACCCACUCGCGCAACAAUUACACAUUGAAGAACUUGUAAAGGAUAUAUGCGCUACUCCGAUCGAUUACAUUUGUGAACUUACCGGGUUACGUCUUGAUCAAAUUCUGAAUCUCGCCGGACUCAAUAUACCCCUCUUAAGUUGCGAGGAACAGUACGCCAUUCUAUGUCAAAAAACUUCAACAACUACCAGACUGCCCAUUUUGGGUUGAUUUAUGUAGUUGAUCUAUAUAUCGUCGUCCUAAUUCUGAAAACCCCUAAAAUUAGGACGACGAUAUGUUCUUACUUAUACGAAUUUGGACCUUACAAAAACAUUGUUCCUUACUCUUCUUUCUCCUAUUGUAAUAACAAUUCGACUUUAAUCAAAUAAAAUACAUGAAGCAUA